UUUUAUAUAUAUUUGCCUACGCCAUUAUCUUUCCUGUAUGGUGGAUAUUAUUUUCAGCUCUUCUUUCUUGGGUGAUAUGGGGGAUCAUUCAAAAACAUAUGAAGGGGGUGUUCAUUGCUGAAAUGGGCAAAUACAAAUGAAUUACAUCAGUUACACUGUACCUGCUGCUCUUGAUAGAGAAGUCCGGAUUCGCCAUGUGUGUAGGCUGUGGAAGUCAGAUCCAUGACCAGUACAUCCUGAGAGUAUCCCCGGACUUGGAGUGGCACGCCGCCUGUCUAAAGUGCGCCGAGUGCAGUCAGUAUCUGGACGAGAACUGCACUUGCUUCGUCCGCGACGGCAAAACGUACUGCAAAAGAGAUUAUGUCAGGUUAUUCGGCAUCAAAUGUGCAAAGUGUAAUGUUGGUUUUAGCAGCAGCGAUUUGGUGAUGCGAGCCCGAGACAAUGUGUACCAUAUCGAGUGCUUCAGGUGUGCGGUGUGCAACAGACAGCUGCUGCCGGGAGACGAGUUCUCCCUCCGGGAUGACGAGCUUCUGUGCAGAACGGAUCACAGCCUCCUCAUGGAGAGAAGCUCCACAGGAAGUCCCCUGAGUCCGGGACAUGUCCAUUCCAACAGGUCUCUUCACAUGGCAGCAGACCCGGUGUCGGCCCGGCAGCCCUCUCUUCGAACCCACAUCCACAAGCAGUCAGAGAAGACGACACGGGUGCGGACGGUGCUAAACGAGAAACAACUGCACACACUGCGGACCUGUUACAAUGCCAACCCGAGGCCCGAUGCCCUCAUGAAGGAGCAGCUGGUAGAAAUGACCGGCCUAAGCCCGCGGGUUAUUAGAGUUUGGUUCCAAAACAAGCGAUGCAAAGACAAGAAGAGGUCGAUACUGAUGAAGCAGCUCCAGCAGCAGCAGCACAGCGACAAGACGAACUUACAAGGACUCACGGGGACGCCUCUUGUAGCCGGCAGUCCAAUACGGCACGAAAACGCAGUUCAAGGAAACACUGUGGAGGUUCAAACGUAUCAGCCACCCUGGAAAGCCUUGAGUGAAUUUGCCCUUCAGAGCGACUUGGAGCAGCCUGCCUUCCAACAACUGGUGUCAUUUUCGGAAUCUGGUUCCCUAGGCAAUUCAUCUGGCAGUGAUGUGACAUCCCUCUCCUCCCAGCUACCCGACACCCCGAACAGCAUGGUACCGAGCCCCGUCGACACGUGAUUUUGACCUGGCGGAAGCUACAGGACCGGACUCAGCAUGUUCCCGCUACCCUGCAUGAGAACAGCCCAACAUUAUCUCAUCACAUCGUAACAGAAACAUUUUAUGUUGCAUAUUUUUAUUAUAAAAUAAAGAAGAUACAAUUUGAAUGUAUCAGAUCAUUGGAUAUGACGAUGAAUACGUGGCUGCUUCGUCAAGAUAUUUUUUUUGUUUGUUUGUUUUGUUUUGUUUUGUUAUUGAGCGCGCAACAGGAGGAAAAAAAGCACGGAUUUAUAACUGAGUCUUCCUAAACGCCCAUAGAGCCAAUGACUCAUCUCAUGUGAACCUUGCCAUUUGGACCAUUUUUCACACAGUGCUCCACAUAGGCUUGUAUGUCUUGUUGCUCCAGUACGUGAAUUUUUUCAAUUUGUCUUUACUGACUUCAGAAACCCCUUCCUAUAUGUUUGUCUUAAGUCGCAUGAUUGACGAAGAUGAUAAAAAGACAGGCUCUUGAAAAAAUAUAUAUCUUAUGGACAGAGGACAGAUUGUUUGAGCCUCUAAAGAACAAAAAAGUAAGUUAUUGUUAUUUAUUGCCAGAACAACACAGUUCUUACAGGGAUAAUUAAUAUUUGGUCUUAAUAAAACUAUGUAAAUGUUGAUUUU